AUGUGGGGGGAAUUGCAUGUCAACAAGCAAGAGAUGCGUAGAAAUAAUUCUGCUUAUGUAUCUAUAAGAGACUACGAAUAUUCGUGGGUGCAUGAUACCGAGGCAGGCUUGAAAUCAAAUAAAGGCUUGUUAUCGAAUAAAGGCUUAAUUGAGAAAGGUGAUAUCUUAACAGUUCAGCCAGUAAUAAAUGGUAAAGAUUCUAGAGAUACCCAACUGCAAAUAGAGUACGGUAUAUAUCCAACUAUGGCUGAUUUCAAGGAGAUGUCCUCGGGUUCACCCUCAUCACAUUUGUUCAAUCCCUCAGAUGAUCCUACACAAUUUUCAGAAAUGUUUCGCAAGAUGAUUCAUCGGUGUAAAAUAAUUCCAUUACCACCCAAAGUUUUCAAUUCGUUUGGUGGAUAUCCUGCACAUCGAAGAAAAGGAAACGAAUUCUUCGGACAUUAG